UAAAUACAAGCCGCUCUGAGGAAGCUGUACCAUUCUCUGUUUGAAUUCUCUCUGCAUCGGGCGUGCUGGGCUGUCCUCCUCACCUAACAUUGUCACAAGAUGGCCAACGUGCUCUCUGAGAGGAUCAACAACAUCCUGAUUGAAGAUAAAGAGAAUAACCAGGUUAUAAAGACAAAGAAGAAGAACAACGAGAAUGAAGCCCCGGCCAAGAAGGACCUUUCCCCCAAGAAGAAGGUCGAUCUCUCCAAGUCUGAGCCACUGCUGAAGGAGAACCCGCGCCGCUUUGUUAUCUUCCCCAUCCAGUACCAUGAUAUCUUCAACAUGUACAAGAAAGCUCUGGCGUCUUUCUGGAUCACGGAGGAAGUGGACCUGACCAAGGACUUCAAUGACUGGGAGAAGCUGAAGGAUGAGGAGAGGCACUUCAUUUCCCACGUCCUGGCAUUCUUUGCUGCCUCUGAUGGGAUUGUGAAUGAAAACCUGGUGGAGCGAUUCUGCCAGGAAGUGCAGGUACCAGAGGCAAGGUGUUUCUAUGGUUUCCAGAUUGCCAUGGAAAACAUCCACAGUGAGAUGUACAGUUUACUUAUUAAGACUUACAUUAGAGAUCCUGAUGAGCAGAACAGGCUGUUCAAUGCCAUUGAGACCAUGCCCUGUGUAAAGAAGAAGGCUGAUUGGGCAUUGAAAUGGAUUUCCCAUGAGACUGCCUCAUAUGCAGAGAGAAUCAUUGCUUUUGCAUCAGUUGAGGGUAUUUUCUUCAGUGGCUCUUUUGCAUCCAUUUUCUGGCUCAAGAAGCGAGGCUUGAUGCCUGGGCUCACCUUUAGCAAUGAACUCAUAUCUAGGGAUGAAGGUUUGCACACAGACUUUGCAUGCUUGAUGUUUAAGCAUCUUGUGAGUAAACCAGGACAAGAAAGAAUAUAUGAGAUUGUGACUGAUGCUGUGCAGAUUGAGCAAGAGUUCUUGACUGAUGCUCUUCCUGUCAAUCUGAUUGGGAUGAACUGUGUGCUGAUGAGGCAGUACAUUGAAUUUGUUGCUGACAGAUUACUUGUGGAGUUGGGAUGUGACAAAUUGUACAAGGUGGAAAAUCCAUUUGAUUUCAUGGAAAAUAUUUCAUUGGAGGGUAAGACAAACUUCUUUGAAAAGAAGGUAGGAGAGUACCAGAAGUGUGGUGCCAUGGCCACAGAGGAGCAGCGCCAGUUCACAUUGGAUGCUGAUUUUUAACAAAGAUUCUUUGCUAAAUCUCUAGGUAGCAGGCUUGUAUUCCCCUGCAAGGGGUGUGGCCAAAUCCAGAUGAACUCAACAAUGUCCCUCACUGUACCUUUGUUGCCUUGUCCAGCAAACAGGUAGUACAGUAGCAGUAUUGUUCCAAAAUAUCAUUUAUUUGUGAUUUUCUGUCAUUUGAUGAAACUAGUGCAAGGUAUGCCAAAUAAAAUACACAUAGCAGAA